UCAGUUACUUAUUUUAAAACAUCUUUUAAAAUAAUAUUUGACAUAUAAUUCAGUCUCUGCCACCUAUUCCAUUAGAAAUUAGCAAUAAACUAAAAUUUUCUCAGCAGAGGGUUAAUGUCAUCCAUUCUAAAAAGCCAUUUUUUUUUAAUUAUUCCAGUAAAAAAGUGGCAUCUGAAUGAUUUAUUCAACCCUUUCUAAUGUCCUUUGAAGAAAAUAGUAUCCAGUUUUUCUUACUUUAACAUUUUGCAGAUUAAAACAUUAAUUUCUGCAAAUCAAUGACAGGAGUGCAUGAGUUUCGUAAGGGCUUUUGAGAUGACUGGCUGAGAAGCACAAAUCAUUGAAACUAUUCCAGAAAAACUUCUGUUUAUUGUUUCACAUUGUUACCAUGGUCAUAAAAUGUUUGAACGUGCUUUUGUUCUGGACUCUCCCGGAAUAUUUUGAGUAUUUUACGACCGUAGAGAAUCAAGAAUUUCUUAAGAUUCUGCUCGUCUCCACCUUUGAUUUCUCUCACAUGCGGGAGAAAACGAAGAGUUGCUCCUGGGCAAAAACUAAGCAGAUAAAAGCUGACGAAAAGGAAUUGAAAUCUUUAAUUAGUUCUACGCCGUUAGUAUCUCAAAGAGGAUGAGGAUGAGAGCCCCUUUUGUGUCGCUGAUCAUAGGACUGAUCGUCAUCACAGAUUGCAUUCAGUCUUUAUCUGCGUUUGAGAGCUGCCAUCAAGAAUUAUCCCGCCUGCAGAAACAGGAGAAUCUUCUGAAGAGCCAACUUCAAAAGCAAGAGCUACUCCUACACAGAUUACAGCUGCAAAACCAACCUGGCAACGUGAACAAAGACAGAGUCGACCAGAUCCAGGACACAGAGCUCGCAGACUGCUCACAGAUUUUCAGCUCUGGGUUCAAACUCAGUGGCCUGUACAGAAUCCGACCCAAAGGAAGCCCCGGACCCAUCACAGGGUUUUGUGAUAUGACUGAUGGAGGGGGUUGGACUGUCCUACAACGGAGGAUCAAUGGAACGGAGACAUUUAACAGGUCCUGGGCAGAGUAUAAGAAGGGAUUUGGAGACAUGGUUGGAGAAUUUUGGCUUGGAAAUGACAAUCUGCAUUACAUCACAGCACAAGGAAAUUACACUUUGAGGAUCAACUUAGAAGACUUUGAUGGACACCAGCGAGUCGCUGAUUACGACAGCUUCAAAGUUGCAAAUGAAAAGGAACUCUACCAACUUUCCUUUGGAGUUUAUACAGGCACAGCUGGAGAUGCCUUGUCUGGAAGUCAUCAGGUUGGUGUGUCGGAGUGGGCCAGCCAUCAGGGCAUGAACUUCAGCACCUAUGACCAAGACAACGACAACUACAAAGGCAACUGUGCACAAGAAGACAAAGGAGGCUGGUGGUUCAACAAAUGCCACUCUGCCCAUCUCAAUGGCCUGUACUACCCCAGUGGGUACUACAGUGCUGCAACUGAUGACGGGGUUGUUUGGUACACUUGGAAAGGAUGGUGGUAUUCAUUGAAGACCAGCAUCAUGAAGUUGAGACCCACUGACUUUAAAACUGAUCAUGACCCCAAUGCAGUUCCUCAGGCCUAAAUUGAACCUAUGUCUCAUGAGGAAGAAACAGUUCAGAACUUGGUAAGGUAAUUGUAUGAUGUAACUCUGUCACACAAAUAACAAUUUCAGCUUAAUUUUCCCUAAAUGUUAUAAUUACUUAUUCUGUGCUGAUAGACUGCUCAGACUUUGUCUGGUGGGAGAAAAGUGAUAGAAUCGAAGCAGAUUGUUUUGUAACUAUUAUUCAAACUGUUAACACUUGUAUUUAGCUUUCAAAAAAAACAUAAAUUAUCCGUAUUUGCAGACAAAGCAGCAUUCCCACAGAGCAGAAAAUAUUAGGUCAGUGUAGUAAACAGAGUCACGAUUAAAAGGUCGAAUUAAAGACCCACUCCAGAGAAAAUUGUGUUUUUAACAUGUUCUGGUGACAUUUUUCUGAUGAUGGAGGACAAAUAUUAAGAAAAUUAAGCUCAAAAAUGCAUUUCUGAGAAUUUAU